CCCAUUAAGCUUUCUUCUCGAAUACCUAACAAUGGCGGCUCCAAUCGAAUCUGUGCAAUGCUUCGGCCGGAAGAAGACGGCGGUUGCCGUGACAUACUGCAAGCGCGGCCGGGGCUUGAUUAAGAUCAAUGGCUGCCCAAUCGAGCUCAUCGAGCCAGAGAUCUUGCGAUUCAAGGCCUACGAACCCAUCCUCCUCCUCGGCCGCCAUCGUUUCUCCGGAGUCGACAUGCGCAUCAGAGUGAAAGGCGGAGGCCACACCUCACAGAUCUACGCCAUCCGCCAGAGCAUCGCCAAGGCGCUAGUCGCAUUCUACCAGAAGUAUGUCGACGAGCAGAGCAAGAAGGAGAUCAAGGACAUUCUGGUCCGCUACGACCGGACUUUGCUCGUUGCCGAUCCGAGGCGCUGUGAGCCGAAGAAGUUCGGUGGUCGUGGAGCUCGUGCAAGAUUUCAGAAAUCUUAUCGUUGAUCAGAGAGUUUUAGGCAUCUAUAGCGGAGAGUUGCCGCUUGUUGGAGGCGAAUCGGGCGGUAGAUGCACAUUUGUAGCUCCAUUGAAUGGAAGCAAAACUUUCCCCCUGGACUUUUGCGAGUUGUUGAGGGGGAGUUUCAUUCUUCUGUAGCCCCACUGUGGAUGUUCCCCGUUAAUAAAGCUUACUUCUUUAUAAACAAAAAAAAA